AUGGCAUUCCAGGGUAACCUACUUUUGUGUCUCUUAGUUCUUCAUGCCUCAUUGACUAACAGCAUUGCUGUUAGACCAAACCAUUACAGUAUUGCUUCACUCAACCGGAGCAGUUUUCCGGUAGGCUUCAUUUUUGGGACGGCAUCAUCGUCUUAUCAGUAUGAAGGUGCAGCAAAAGAAGGUGGUAGAGGACAAUCUAUAUGGGACACUUACACCCAUAGAUAUCCAGGUAGAAUAAUGGAUCAUAGUAAUGGAGAUGUAGCUGUUGAUCAAUAUCACCGCUACAAGGAAGAUGUUCACAUUAUGAAGGAAAUGGGUUUAGAUGCAUACAGAUUCUCAAUCUCAUGGUCCCGAGUUUUACCAACUGGAAAGCUCUGUGGGGGAGUGAACAAGGAAGGAAUUAAAUACUACAACAACCUUAUCGACGAGCUCCUAUCCAAAGGUCUAAAGCCCUUUGUGACACUCUUCCACUGGGAUCUUCCCCAAGCCUUAGAAGACGAGUAUGGCGGGUUCAUAAGUCCUCAAAUUGUCCAUGAUUUUCGGGACUAUGCUGAGUUUUGCUUCAAGCAAUUUGGUGAUCGUGUGAAGCAUUGGAUUACACUAAAUGAGCCAACGAACUACAGUAUUUUUUUUUAUACAAUUGGGUUGUCAGCACCGGAUCGAUGUUCCGAUGGGCAAAUUCUGAAUUGCACCGGCGGAAAUUCUGGCACAGAGCCAUAUUUGAUUACACACUACCAACUUCUUGCUCAUGCAGCCGCCGUUAAAGUCUACAAGCGAAAAUAUCAGGAAAGACAGAAAGGGUGUAUAGGGAUAACACUAGUGGCAGGCUGGAUGGUGCCAUACUCUAACUCCAGACAUAAUCGUAACGCCGCACUACGAGCCCUCGAUUUCUCGUUGGGGUGGUUUAUGGACCCCUUGACCAAUGGUGACUAUCCACAUAGCAUGCGAUCUCUUGUUGGAAACCGAUUACCCAAGUUCUCAAAAGAGCAAUCCAAUAUUGUAAAUGGGUCGUUUGAUUUUAUUGGAUUAAACUACUAUACCUCUAAUUAUGCAGCGAAUGCACCUCAACGCAAUGCUGUAAAUGCAAGCUACACAACAGAUAUGCGUGUUAAUCUUUCAACCGAGCGAAAUGGUAUUCCCAUUGGUCCAAAGGCUGCUUCCGAUUGGCUCUUUGUCUAUCCGAGAGGAAUACGAGAUCUUUUGCUUUACACAAAGACAAAGUAUGAUAAUCCACUAAUUUACAUCACCGAGAAUGGAAUUGAUGAGUUUAAUGAUGCCUCAUUGUCGCUUGAGGAAGCCCUUGUGGAUAACCAUAGAAUUGAUUAUUACUAUCGCCAUCUUUCCUACCUCAAUAGAGCUAUCAAGGUUGGGGUUAACGUGAAGGGAUACUUUGCAUGGUCGCUGUUGGACAACUUCGAAUGGCUUAAUGGUUACACCGUUCGAUUUGGUAUCAACUAUGUGGAUUACAAGAACGGGUUGCAAAGACAUCCAAAACUGUCAGCCCAUUGGUUCAGAAGCUUCUUGAAGAAAUAGCCAGACAUGAUGCUUGCUUAAUCUGAACUAUAUCUAUUCGUAAAGGGCAAUUAAUGUCCAAUUAUAAAUAAACAGAAGAUCAUAUCCUCGA